AUGCCCCCCGCCGCCCCGCUGCCGACGCUGCCGCUGCGGGCGGACGUGCUGCUCAGCAACGCGCUGUUCGAGGAGCUGUCCGAGGGCGGCCUCUCCGAGGAGUUCCUGAGGCACCACUGCGGCCAGGAGGACCUCUCGAAGGUGGAAACGCUGGAGCUGCAGGUGGACGCCACCAGCCAGCAGGUGGAGGGGCUGGGCGCCAUGGUCCCCAACCUGCUGGAGCUGCGGAUGAACCAGUCGAGCGUCCCGUCCGUGCGCGACCUUGGCACUGGCCUGUCCAAGCUGCGCGUCCUCUGGCUGUGCAGGAGCGCGCUGCAGGACUUAUCCGGGAUCUCGGCGCUGUCCUCCCUGGAGGAGCUCUACGUUUCCUUCAACGACAUCAAGGAGAUCUACCCGUUGGGGACGCACGAGUCGCUGCAGGUGCUCGACCUGGAGGGGAACCUCGUGGAGGACUUCUCCGAGGUGCAGUGCCUCGAGAACGUCACGAGCCUCAGGGAGCUCAACCUGAGCCUCAACCCGUUCUGGAAGGAUGCCGGGGUGUCGAGGGACCGGGUGCUGCAGGCCCUGCCCCAGCUAGAGAUGCUCGAUGAUGCACCCCGCGAGCGUGACGCCGACGAGCGGCAGGGCGCGGUGCUGGUGGACCUCGACGCGGGGUGGGACGAGGGCCUGCCCAGCGGAGGUCAAGGCGCAGGGGACGUGGAGGUGCGCACGCUGAUCGCGAUCUCUGCGGGCCUGUCCCCGGACUCCGCCUCGGCCGCGGAGGCCGCAGAGGAGGAGGACAAGGGCGCGCUGAGGGAGCUGAUGGAGCGCGCUGGGCGUGCACGGGCGGGCGUGCCAUGCGCAGCGGAGGCGGCGCAGCCGCCCGCCGUUGCGGGCGGCUUUGCGGGCGCGGGCGCGGGCGCCUCGCCUGCCUCGGGCGGUGCACUGGCGCAGCUGCGUGCCGGGCGGGCGCAGCUCCUGACGAGCACGUCCACCACUGUCGGGGGAUGGCGCGCUGGCGAGCAGGCGAGCUCGGACGGGGGCGCCGCGGCGGAGCCCAACGAGCAGGACCUCGUCGUCGAGGGCCUGAAGCGAGCGCCGAGGCCCAUGCCGAGCGUGCUGACGUUCCGCCACGCGGCCACAUCGCGCGGCGUGGACGAGGGAAGGCUGCCCCGUCCGCCGCGGACCGCCUGGGGCUGGGGCAGCGGCUCCUCGUCCACGUCAUACCGGCCCUCCACCCGGCCCUCCACCGCGUCCUCCACCAGCGCCACGAGCUCCCUAGUGUCCAGCAGGGGCCGCGGCGGGGACGAGCCGAGCGCGGGCAGCGACCUCACGCUCGGGGACGACGGCGCGCCGCUGGUGGGGAACCCGCUGGCCGCGGCGCGCAGGCGCCGGCAGAACGCCGCCGCGGGAAAGCAGCAACCGGGCGCCGGCGACCUCGACAUCCGCAACUUGCUGCGCACCGCGCAGUCGGCCUCGCAGGGCGAGGGCAGGGCGCUCGUGGAGCCGUGCGCCAGCCCCGCGCGGCUCGCCACGCCAGACGUGCGGAUCCGGACCGCGGGGAGCCGUGCGGCCCACGACCUGGGCGGCGCCGACGUGGCAAGGAGCCAGGGCGCGCGCACGCAGGCGCCCGGCGUUGCGGAGGCAGCUGGCGCCGCGUGCGGCCCCAGCUACCGCGUCGGGGGCGCAGAGGUGCUGCUCGUCUAG